CGUUAAAGUCUAAUAACCUUAGAUAGACUUUGGUAAUUUCACCAGAUAUAAAAACUAAUAAGUUUAGUAGCCUAUAGUACCAAGUACCAAUCCAAUUACAGACACUGGAAAAAAACUAAAAACUCAGCAGACACAAACAUGCACUUCUAGACCUCUACUGGGAAACCUCUCUCUACGUCUACAUUUUUUUGUCUUUUGAAAUCUGAGAAUAAUAUACAGGCGUCUUUUUGCGGUAUGCGGGGGAUGCUCCGUAGUGGCUAAUUACAGCGGACAGCGUGAGCUUAGUGCCACAUCACAGUACGAACUGCACGUAUGGCACACAACCAAAGAUGAAGAUGAUCUCCACACUCUUCGCGUUAAGUAUUGUAUCUGCUCUUGUUUGGUGCGCGCCGCCGCCAUGCGAACCCGAAGACCGCCGACUAGGAAGAUGCCAGACUACGCCAGAAGAUAAAGGCACGUGCACAGACAUGGUGCUAGGCUACUGCGAAGACAUGCCCUACAAGAAGAUCACCUUCCCCAACCUCCUGGACCACCGGGGGCGCCACGAGGCGGAGACAGGGGCCGAGUAUCUGCUCCUGAGCGUGGUGCACUCCCUGCUCCGGGGCGAGUGCUCCCCGGACAUCCGUAUGCUGGGCUGCUCCGUGCUGGCGCCCCGCUGUCAGGAUGGGCGCACGCUCAAGCCGUGCCGCAGCACGUGCGAGGCCGUGCGACGGGGCUGCGAGCACGCCUUCGAGGGCAUCGACAUGGCCUGGCCAUACUUCCUGGACUGUGACCGCUUCUUCGGCAGCGAGGAGGAGGGCUGCUAUGACCCCUUGGAGACCCUCAGAGCCCAGCAGGAAGUUGCUGUGGCUGAGAUCUCACCUGAGGGGCCGUCCACCGUCAUCCAGUUCACCUAUCAAUCCAACGCGCAGAUGUUCAGCAUCCUGAAGAAGACGGCUACGAAGUGCUCCGACAUCUCCAGGACGUACAGCAUCGGCCGCAGUGUCGAGGGGAAGGACCUCCUGGUCAUCGAGUUCUCCAACAAUCCCGGACAGCACGAUAUUCUGGAGCCAGAGAUGAAAUUUGUGGGCAACAUGCAUGGGAAUGAGGUACUGGGUAGGCAGCUGCUCAUCUACCUGGCCCAGUACCUGUGCUCUGAGUACCAACUGGGCAACGAGCGGAUCCAGACGCUGAUCAACACCACCCGCAUCCACAUCCUGGCCUCCAUGAACCCCGAUGGCUACGGGCUGGCGGCCGCAGAGGUAGAGGAUAGCAAUGAGCCAGAGAACCAGGAAGGUCCGGUCUAUAACGGAUGGAUCAGUGGGCGUGGGAAUGCCCAGAGCAUAGACCUAAACCGGAACUUCCCCGACCUGACGUCCAUCCUCUACGGUCGCCGUAGAAACAAGUAUUACCGCACGGACCACAUCCCGAUCCCAGACUCUUACUGGUUUGGUAAGGUUGCCCCGGAGACGUAUGCAGUGAUGAAAUGGAUACGGUCCAUCCCAUUCGUGCAGUCGGCUAGCCUGCACGGCGGGGAGCUGGUUGUCUCGUAUCCGUUCGAUUUGUCCAAGCAUCCUCACGAAGAGAAGAUGCUGUCACCCACCGCGGAUGAGCAGGUAUUCAGGCAGAUGGCUAGGACUUACGUGGACAACCACCCGACCAUGGGGGACAGAGACACGGAGCGAUGCGGGGCCUCCUUCAUCAGCAAAGGAGGCAUCAUUAACGGAGCACUGUGGUACAGCUUUGCUGGAGGAAUGUCCGACUUCAACUACCUUCACACAAACUGCUUCGAGGUGACGGUGGAGCUCGGCUGUGACAAGUUCCCUUCUGAAGAGGAGCUUUAUCCCGAAUGGAAGCGCAACAAAGAGUCGCUGCUGAGCUUCAUCGAGUCGGUCCACAGAGGCAUAAAGGGGAUAGUAAAGGAUGUGAAUGGAAACGGAAUCAAGGGCGCGCGGAUAUCAGUCAAGGGAAUACGGCACGACAUCACAACCGCGGAAGACGGGGACUACUGGAGGCUGUUAAAUCCAGGCAUCCACAUCCUCACCGCCUCCGCCCCGGGCUACACGAGGGUGAUGAAGAAGGUCCACCUUCCUCGGCGCAUGCAGAAGGCUGGCCGCGUGGACUUCGUGCUGAGGAAACUCGCCCGGGCAGCCCCCGCGGACAUCUACAGCUUCCCCUCGGUGGACAACUACGACCGCUUUGACCCCUACAACCAGUUUGAGCGCUACACCUUGAGCGAGCUGGGGGAGAAUGGCGAGGAGAGGCAGGAGAAGCCAUGGUGGUGGAACUACUUCAUUCACUCUGGCGUUGCUGCCCCCACUUGGCUGCUCAAGAAUUAUUAGACCUACGGAGAAAUUCAGGGGUACCUCUCAGCACAGAACCGAGCUCCAUUUGCUCCUUAUCAGGUCACAAGGACCUUCGCUCCUGAUCAUGGUGUGAUAGUGUAUGCCAGAGUCCACAUGUCACCAGUCCCAUAAUGCAUUUCAGGUCACAAAGCAAACGUUUUGUUUAGCAUCCAAUAAAAUAACAGUAAGGACAUUAAAUUCCGUUUACCAAAGAAAACCACUAAGCAAGUGUCCUUAACAAUUGGGAUGGCUACUAACAGUAAUCGUGUGCAGUCAGAUUUUUUAUUUCUUUUUUUUGGG